UGUCAGUCGGCAGCGAAGGUAAUUAUUUACACUCCAACUUUUUUGACAACUUUCAGGUUUAGAUUUGGGUCGGGCAUCGGGGGUGCAGCCAUGCCAAGCCUAAAGCUGAUAUCUGCGACCGACACGCAGUAUUCAGCAGCUGUCCUCAAGUCUCUGAACGAGCAGCGGAGCAAUGGCUUGUUUUGUGACAUCACCAUCAUCAUACAGGACAAGAAAUUCAGAGCGCACAAAACAAUCCUGUCGGCCUCCAGCACGUACUUUCACCAGCUUUUUGCCGUCGCCGGACAAGUCAUCGAGCUCAACUUCAUCCGGCCAGAAAUCUUUGAGCACAUCCUCAACUACAUCUACAGCUCCAGGAUCGUCCGCGUCCGCUCCGACAUGCUGGAGGAACUCAUCCGCGCCGGAAAGAUCCUGGGAGUGAAGUUUAUUGCGAACUUGCAUUCGCCGCUGUCACAAGUGAAAGGUCUGCCGGGUUUGUCCCAGGAGACAGGAAGCAAGAGCGAUGCCUCUCCAGAGACUAUGCCCGUCAUCACGGAGUCCUUCUCCAUUUCCGCAGAGGAAUUCAACCAGACAAAGAAACCCGCGGGAAGCGAGGAGGAGGGCGAUGAUGUGGUGUUCGUCUCCUGCACCGAUGCUCAAACCAGAGCGGCGAGUCUCAAGGCCAACCCUUCUGACAUCAUCGAUUUGGAAAAAGUGGAAUCGGAAAACGUUGAACCCAAACAAAGCGAAGAUUCGAAUCAUGUUGGGGCGGAUGCACGGAAAGCAGCCGACACGCCAAAAACUAACGGCACAAAGUGUCAGGUGAACAGUCCGAACCACAGCUCCAGUAACUCCCCGGCGACGCACGCCCAACCAGGCAGCCUCACACCGGAGCCGACCAGUGAGAGCACCGACAUGUUGGGUGUCCACAAGAAGCAAGUCGCCAUUUCAUCCCAGGAGGGCGAUCCCAAAAUACGGCUUCUGGAUGUUUCCGGAGUCUCUGCUAGCAGCGCCAAGGGAACUAUAGAGGCGAAACAGACGGUGACACUCAACACCGGCACGGAAAUCGAUUCGCUUUCAUCCGGGUGUAAAGUUUACGCCAACAUCGGAGAGGACACAUACGACAUCGUCCAAAUGAAAGAAGACCCAGGAGAAGGAGGAUCAAAAUCCAACAAAGGGAAAAGAGCUUUAAUGGCGACGCCCAAAAAGGCCUUCGACCAGACGCCGCUGUCGCCGACACUCAGUCCCAACAGGAAGAAGAACAAAAUGGAGCUGGACGAUCACUAUGAGCUCAUCAUGGAUGGGAAGACUUUCUACGUUUGCGCCGUGUGCAAACGCCCGUAUGUGUGCAUCACGAGUCUGCGGCGUCACUUCAACACCCACUCGUGGGAGAAGAAGUACCCGUGUCGCUUCUGCAACAAGGUGUUUGCCCUGGCGGAGUACAGAACUAAACACGAAGUGUGCCACACGGGCGAGAGGCGGUACCAGUGCCUGCUGUGCAACGACAUGUUCCAGAACUACCAGAUUCUGUCCCACCACUGCAAGCAAGUCCACAAUCAAGACCCGAGCGGCAGGAAGCAGAAAGACGACGGCGACAACAACCUGUACCGCCUGCUGCCGUGCAGGUCGAAGAAGAAGUCGUACGUGACCGACCUGCCGGGAACGCCGUUCAUAUCGGAGGACGGCAGCAUGCAGGAGAUGAGCCCCACCGAAAUGGAGGCCAUGCACAAUUCGGCGCAGAGCGGGAUGUACUGGGACGACCUGUUCGCCGAGCCGGGCGCUCGCUUGCAGCCGGACUCCGAGUCGCCGUCGAUGAGCUCCCCGACGCAGGGACCCAUGGAGUUCGAGUACAUCACACCGUAGAGCCGCUGGGAAGCAAUCAGUCCGCCGGAUAUCCUGUGCCUUCUCGGUUACGCUAACUCUGUGUUCGUCCUCCAAUUCAGAUCAUGUUUUGUGAUUAAAUCUAAUCCUACCCCAAAUUAAAGCUACAGUAUGCAAGUUUUAUUUUUUUUAAAAAAUCUGUUAAUUUACAUGUUUGUUAAAGCUUUUGCCGUCUGAAAAAAUGAAUCUAAAACAACCAAUCAGAACCAGGAGGUUGGUACAGAAAAGGAUUAGGGCCGCUGGGAAAAUUAAUUUAAAAAAAUUCUGGAUUUAUUUUCUCAAAAUUUUGACUUUGAUCUUUGACUUUGAUCUAAAUUUUAUUAGAAUUCUGACUUUUUUUUUUCAGUGGCCCUAAUUCUCUUCUGUAGGAACGUCUUAGCGUUGUCAAUCAACUAGUCUAUUUGCUGCUAAAUGUGCUAAUGGCGGAGAAACAACUCAUCAUUACAGGAAAACUGUUUCUCCACCAUCGUUGGUGGCCAUGCUAACUAGCCUUAGCAUUCAUGAUGGGCUCUACUGUUGGGAAGAAGCUUUAGUGUACCAGAGAAGGUGAUUGACAGCGCUAAGCCCCUCCUCCUGGCUCUGAUUGGUUGUUUCUGACUGAACAGUGUGUUUCUGUAGUUUCUGGGAGAAGACAGAUUAUCUGUGUCAUGACAGAGUGACAGUAUAUUAUCAAAUAUUUAAAAACAUUUUUUAUAUCUAGAAGUUGCAUACUGUAGCUUUAAGGGUUUUAGGAAAGUCUAAGUGUUCUUAAUUUAUUUUCUCUUGUUUCUAAAGAUUCAAAGAAGUCGAGGUAAAACCGCUUGAACUUUCAGCUUUUGUUGUAAAUGUGAAACUUUGCCCAAUCGUUUCUCAGUAUUGUUGGAAAAUUAUGAUAAAAGAUGAUGUAUCUUUUAGAAAACGAUUCAACAUUUUUCACACCCAACUGUAAAGGUCAGCGCACGCACAAACACACACACACACACACACACACACACACACACACACACACACACACACACACACACACACACACACACACACACACACACACACAUGUUCUCAUGCGUCUCCUUCCAGGUAAAUUAAUCUGGUGUUAAACUUUGUUGUAACAUAGAAACUCUGAAUCUGUUAAAUCAUUGAUUUCACGUUGAUUUAAUCAUCCAACAGAAUAAUGUGCCGUUCAAUUUACUGACUCUACUAAAAGUUAAAGAUGGGACUUUUAAAAAUCUUUAUUAAUCACAUAGCAUGUUUCAUGUUGAAAUGUGAGAUGAAUGUAUUUGUAACAUUUAGGCCAUGAUGUCUAAAACGGUUCAACACUGACUGACCACAGUUUCAAUAACCGUUUCAUUUCUUUAUCCAUCCAGGCGUCUUUUCUGUUUUCUACCCCAAAUAUACGUAUUUUACCGUGUUUUUUUUGUUCUUAAAGAAAAUGUGUUAAAUACUAACUAUAAAAUGCAAUAAGAUUGUUCAAAUAUUAAAUCAACUCAAAGCUUCACCUGUUAAUGAAAGGACCUUCUGAUGAUGAUUUUAGGAUUUUUUGUUUUGUAAAAUAUAUUUUUUCAUGAUGUCAUUGUUGCCACAUCUGGGUCUUGUGGCAGGAACAUUUGUACAGUUUCAUUGGGUCACUUACUUACAUAGUGUAAGAUGGAUUUGUUUUGUAUUAUUUUAAAUGCAAAAGUAGGGAUUUUAACUGAGAUUUAUUAGUAUUUAGCACUUAAAUUUCCAGGUGUUUUUUUCUUUUUUGUUUGUUUUUUUUACAUCAUGUCAGAAAUUAGAACUGUCUUCUUGCAGGUAUAGGUAGAGCUAAAGCUUGAAGCCGAUCUGUCUUGUUUUCAGAUUAAAUGCUACAGAUUGUUUUUCAAUAAAUGGAUUAACUAUUGUUUA